AGCUUUCCUGCUGUAACUCUUUCCUGCCAAGGGGGAAAAGAAGAUGCUAAAAAUACUUGAGGGCUCUACAGUACGGUGAGGAAGGCGGAUCCUCUGACGUCGCCGUGAAGCUGCUCGGCUGCGUCAGAGUCCAGCUGAGCGAAGGGAGAAGGAAACGAGGAAUAAAAAGGAAAGCUAUCUCUGAAGGGCUGGGGAGAGCGGACGGACAGUGUCAGGGAGACAGACCUGUGUCGUGCACACCGCGGACGGACAGACGGACAGACGGACAGAGAUGGAGGGCUCCACGGAGGAAGACUACAAAGAGAAAUUGUUAUGGAACGUUAAACGCGAGGUGAAGCAGAUUAUGGAGGAAGCAGUGACUAAGAAAUUUGUCCACGAAGACAGCAGCCACAUCAUUGCUCUGUGCACUGCUAUUGAGGCCUGCCUGAGUCACCUGCUGAAGAGACGGGCAGCUGGUUUUCUCCGCAGCGACAAGAUUGCCGCCCUCUUCACCAAAGUCGGCAAAGUCUACGAUACUGCUGGCGAGGUUUGCCGUAAGGUGCAAGAGCAACUCCAGCAGCAAGCUGAUCUCACCAGGAGAAGCCAGAGCGUGGGCCAUGAACCUCUGAGGAGACAGGGCUCCUCCACAACCAGCCGCCCCCCUCAGCCCCUCUCUGCCCAGGCCAUCAAACACAUCUGGGUCCGAACGGCUCUCUUCGAGAAAGUUCUGGACAAGAUAGUUCAGUACAUUGUGGACAACUCCAGUAAAUACUAUGAGAGGGAAGCUCUGAUGCAUGACUUAGUCUUCGGGCCCAUCUUGGCAGUCUUACUGGUUGGGCCCUGUGCUCUGGAAUACACCAAACUCAAGACGUCAGAUCAUUUCUGGACUGACCCUUCAGCCAACGAGCUAGUUCAGCGCCACCGCAUCCACGGGGCCCACCGGGGCCAGGACACAUCGGCCGGCCGCCGGCCUGCUCUGGGGAUUCGCAAGAGGCAGUCCAGUGGCAGCAUGUCAGAUGACAGGUUUGCUGCAUCAGCAAGGGAGUAUGUGGAGUCUCUUCACCAAAACUCCAGAACACACCUUCUCUACGGCAAAAACAACGUCCUGGUGCAACCGAAGAAGGACAUGGAGGUGUUGCGGGGCUACUUCUCACUCCACCAGGCUGGCGAUAACCUCACCCUCAAGUGGACACCCAACAAGCUCAUCAACGGCACUCUGGGAGACUGUGACCUGGAGAAGAGUAUCUACUGGGACUAUGCACUGACCGUCCCGCUGCGCCAGAUAGUCUGUAUCCACUGUCACCAACGCCCUGAUUGUGGUGGUACACUGGUUCUGGUUAGUCAGGAUGGAAUCCAGCGGCCGCCUCUCCACUUCCCCCCUGGUGGUCACCUCCUGGCCUUCCUCGCCUGUCUGGAAACAGGCCUUUUACCACGGGGUCAGCUGGAGCCCCCCCUCUGGUCCCAGAAAGGCAAGGGAAAAGUGUUCCCUAAACUGAAGAAGAGGAGCAGUACUGCCAGGCUCAUUGACCAGGACAGGAACGGUGAGGAGCCUACAGCUGCUGACUACGUGUUUCGCAUCGUCUACCCUGGAUACCGCUACGACGCCACAGUCACUAUAAACUACCACCACACCACGGGCAGCCGCGCUCCGUCGCUGGACGACGACGAGGAAGAGGAAGAUAGGCUCCAUGCUAUGAUCUCAAUGAUCUGCUCGCGGAACCUCACAGACCCUAAUGUCAUGAAAGACCACGGGGAGAUGAUGGAGAUGCAGGGUUUCGGAGGCAGCCCGUCGUCGUGGCAACAGGCCGGAGUACCCACUCUGGAAUCGCAGUGCCAGUCUUGCUCCACGGCUGGCAGCAACGUGUCGUUCGACUACCCGGCCGGCUGUACCUGCAUACACGACCCGCUAGACAUUCACACUAUUCCUCUUAAGAUGCUCUGCCAGAACAUGAAGAGGCAGAUAGUCUCCAGAGCCUUUUAUGGAUGGCUGGCCUACUGCCGACACCUGUCCACUGUGCGGACUCACCUGUCAGCUCUGGUCAACCACAACAUCGUCCCUCCAGACAGACCCUGCGAGGCGUCCGGGGGCCUCAGCAAGGAGGUGUGGAGCAAGUACCAGAAAGACUGCAAGAACUAUAAGGAGCUGGAGCUGCUAAGGCUGGUUUAUUAUGGCGGAGUGCAGCAUGACAUAAGGAAGGAGGUCUGGCCUUUCCUGCUGGGGCACUACAAGUUUGGCAUGGGCAAAAAGGACAUGAGCCAGAUUGAUGCAAAGAUCAGCGAGCGCUACCAGCAGGUGAUGCGGGAGUGGAAGGCCUGUGAGGUGAUUGUCAAGCAGAGGGAAAAGGAGAUGCAGUCGGCCAUCUUUGCCAAGCUCUCCUCAGGCAGCAGCAUCGACAGUCACGUCCUGCGACUCGUUCACAGAGACUCCACACUAAGCAAUGAGGUGUUUAUGUCGGUGGAUGAGCCGGAUGCAGGGAGCCAGGAGACGCCCAGUGGAGAGGACAGUACCCCCACCAUGACCACCCUGGGUCCCCCUGCAGCCCUCCCCCCAGAGGAGCGACCUCUGGUGGAGUUUGACUCCCCUGACUCGGGCCUCCCUUCCUCCAGAAACUACUCAGUGACCUCUGCUCAUUCCCAGAUCCUGUCCAGCAUAGAUGACGGUCAGAGCACGGAGGAGGAAGGGGGGGGCGGGGAGGAGGGCAGGACUUCGGGUGUGCUGGGGCGGCGUCAGGACUCUCUGACUGAGGACAGGUUGUGCAGUCAGCUGGACAAACUGGUGACCAAUGGAGCAGCUGCAGAGGCGAUAUCACCUUCACUCUCCUCAUAUACAAUCGAGCUGUUGGACACAAUCGCCCUCAACCUCCACAGGAUAGACAAAGAUGUGCAGCGUUGCGACCGCAACUAUUAUUACUUCACCACAGCAAACCUGGAGAAACUACGCAACAUCAUGUGCAGCUAUGUGUGGGAGCAUUUGGAGAUGGGCUACGUUCAGGGCAUGUGUGACCUGCUCGCGCCGCUCAUGGUCAUCCUGGAUGAUGAGUGCCUGGCGUACAGCUGUUUCACUCAGCUAAUGAAGAGGAUGAGUCAGAACUUCCCUAAUGGCGGAGCCAUGGACACACACUUCGCCAACAUGAGGUCACUGAUCCAGAUCCUGGACUCUGAGCUGUUUGAACUGAUGCAGCAGAAUGGAGAUUACACUCACUUCUACUUCUGUUACCGCUGGUUCCUGCUGGACUUCAAGAGAGAGCUCCUGUACGAGGACGUGUUUGCAGUGUGGGAGGUGAUCUGGGUGGCUCCCAGGAUUUCCUCACAGCACUUUGUCCUCUUUCUGGCCUUGGCCCUGGUCACAGUCUACCGUGAGAUCAUCGUGGACAACAACAUGGACUUCACUGACAUCAUUAAGUUCUUCAAUGAGAUGGCUGAGCGUCAUGAUGUCCAACAUAUCUUGAAGAUAGCGCGUGAGCUGGUGCACAAAGUCCAGUCUCUGAUGGACAACAAGUGACUAUAGAGGAAGGGAAGAAGGAGGAAUGGGAGGAUGCAGAGGGAGAGUGUCCGACUACAGGACACUCAGCUCUUCCUCUCAUCCCUCAGAGAGUGUUUCCAGGCCUUCACCUAUCCAGAGCAGGUCCAGGGAGUCCAGGUCUCCUCCCUGCCCAGAUGAAGGCCCUGGGAGUGUGCCAGGAGCGCUGCUGGAGCAGCCUGGCUCUGGGACGGCCUCGAUCUGUUUACAUUUACCUUCACAUGGAAUUCCCAUGGUGUCCGUACAGACAUGUGGAUUUGUCUGCAUGCUUGUGAGUUUGAUCACACUGUGAACACAUUCUUGAGUCUCCCCAGUCCUAUAGAGGAUGUGUGCGUGCAUUAAAACACACACACACACACACACACACACACACACACACCGAAACAACAUUGGUUCUACCAAUACUUCAGUUUUCUAACAUGUCACUCCUUUCCUAACUCUGAACUGAACAUUUUGAAUGCUUGUCUGGAAGGCUUUAGCGUUCUCAGUGUUUGAUAGAUUCUUCCAUGCAAUGCCAGUGGAGGCCACAAGGAGUGCAGGAUUUACAUACUACAUUGUCAGAGGAGCCAGAAAGUUUUCAUUAGUGACCAAAUGGACUGUGCCAACUACCUUUUCAUGAGUGUUUUCUACAACAAGCAUGUGUGUUUUUACCCCCCUUUUUCUUUAUGUUCAGGAGUUCAUUACCACACAAAUGUUGCCUUUAUCAGUAACAGCCCAAGGUACUUAGUUGCACUUUUUUGGGAGGAUUUCCUUCAUGGUGCCUGUGAAAGCCUCACCAGAGUUGGUGGGGGCCAGAGGCGCCACGAGAGGCCAAACUGUCGAGAAACUCUGGAUGAAUUGCAGCCAGUUUUCCUGAGCAUGUUAGUCAGUGGUUAAUGCAUGUUUAAUCCUCGUUCCAAGACAGAAGACACAUAGCAUCAGAGCACAACAGUAAAGACAAAAGCACACAGGCCUUACUCCUUAUUUUAAUAUAAAACAUGUGCAUCUCUAUUUAGUAGUACCAUGUUUUUUGUUCAGGGACCACUGGGGAUGCUGAGGUCAUGGCUAUGGUAAUAUUUUAUUUUUAAAGAUACUUUUUGGGCUUUUUAGGCCUUUAUUUAUAGGACAGCUGAAGAGAGGGAGAGAGAGAGGGGGAAUGACAUGCAGCAAAGGGCCGCAGGUCAGAGUCGAUCUCGCUGCCGCUGCGUCGAGGGGUAAACCUCUAUAUACGGGCGCACACUUUGGUAAUAUUUCUGGGAAUUUGGGGUGUUUAAUGACCAGAGGAUAAAUUAACAUUCUAUGAUAAAAAACACAUAUUACAACAUGUCAGUUUUUUAAGGCUGAUUUUUUUUGUAUUUAAAUUAAUAUCUUAAAAGUAACUGUUUUAAAGGGAUUUAGUAUUAUCCAACAGCUUUUAGACCAUUAUGUUAGUGUUAGAAAAUGCAAAUUUACAACUUUUAAACAUAAUUUUAAAGAAAUGUGAUUUUCUUACCUUCUCUCAGAAGGUACUGACUGAAGGAUACAUUUGUCCAAUAAGUUGAGUAUUAUAGAUUUGUGGCUGGUAAGAAGUAGACACAACAGGCUCAGAGAAAGAAUAUAUAAGAAAGUGAAAAAUGAAACCUGAUUAAGAAACACCUUUGAGAAUGGAAAGAAAGUAACACGUAUUGAGUAUAUUUACCUGUAUCUAAAUGUGGAUUUUCCUUAAUAAGAAGAAUACGACUGGCAUUAUUCUAGAUUUUUUUUGUUAUUGUCAACAAAUCCAGUGAAAAGACCAAAACCGUUCCAUUCUCUGUGGCCUCAGCCUCAUGCCCAUUGGUUCCUACUAAAGAAAAAUUGAGUAUCAAAAACAUAGCUUUUUUUAAAAGGCUAAGUAAUUUACUAAAAACAACUGGCCCCUUUAGUUUUUAAGCAAGCUUUACACAAACAAGAGUAAAUAGUGAAUUUGUUGGGGACUAUUUUCAGUGGUGGAUUAAUAUGCAUUUGAUGUGGUUCUUAGUAUUUUACAAUUAUUCUUUUGUGGGAAUAUGUCACCCUUCUCCCCUGGAUUUCUUGAAACAGACAUAGUUUUCUGAUAUUCUUUCAUAUUUGUUAGAUAAUGUGGUAACACUAGAGCAAUUUCUCUUAAAAGUACCUUAAUUAGUAUCUUACAGAAUGGUUUGAUUAUCUUGUCUUUUAAUAAUAAUAAUAAAUUGAAUUUAUAUAGCACUUUUCACAAACUCAAAGUCGCUUUACAGGUAGAUAUAAAGACAAACAAAACCAGAUUCAGGCACUGAUGAAAAGGGGAGGGGCGUGGGGGUACAGAUAGGCAGAGGUGAAGAGAUGGGUCUGGAAGAUGGUGAGGGACUCAGAGGAGCGGAUCUCUUGGGGCAGGGAGUUUCAGAGCCUGCUUCAGUGGCAAGGAACAAGAUAUAAGGCUACACACACAACACUUAUUAGUAGGAUAUGUUUAUUGUUGGUUUGGGUCUUUUCAUGGGAUUUAUUGCAAUAGAAAAAAAAUAUAACUAUUACCAGCCUUGUGCUUUACAUUAGUCCAUGUCUUUCUUCGGAACUAGAGACAAACAUGCUCACCGCUCUAAAGCACCACGAAGACUUUUUAUUGCAUUCAGCACUAUACUGUCAGGAAAUGUGGUUGCAAUUGUCCAUGUGGAACCUCAUUCUCCUCCUGCCUAAAGUCCAGCGUCUGAAAAUAAAACAUGCUUGGACUGGGUUGGUCUAAAUAACAAAUCUGUGGUCUGAGAAGAAGCUGAUUCCAACGCCAAACUUUCUCUAGUGUUCAGUGAAUCAGUAUUAGGUUGGUGCUGGCUUCGCAGUAACAGCACAGAGUACAUUCAUGUUUGUAUCUGAGAGGAUUUGGGACAUUUUUGAUACCGUUUCCAAUCCCCCUCGUCAGUGUGACCCUUUAUCUCCACCCUCCUCGUCUCCUCAAAACGUCCAACCGAGCUGCAUAUGAUUGGUCAUCCAGCACGGACCUGCACCUGUGAUUCAAGUGCCAAGAGUCUUCCCCAAUCCUGAAGUGUACUGUAGUCAUCCAGCUCUCUGAUUUACUAGUUUGAUCCCAGGAACGGGCGGUGGUGUAGAUGCACCUCGAUGUACAUCCUCGCCACUCAACCACCCUGCCGCCAUGGCAACGGACGAGGGUCGCCGGGGGAACAGGGGCCCGUAGCAGAGCUUUUUCUUCCAAUCAGGACAUUGUGUACCAAAGCCUUGAAACAGCCCCCUCUGUGGCAUGACAACAACGUGCAAUUUCAUACUGCAUGUUAAAGACUGACUGUUUACUAUGUGUGUAAAAUAUUUUUGAAAAUGGUGAUCUUGGAUUAUUUAACUACUGUGCAAUUUCUGUCGUUUGAGAAAAUCCUUCAAAGUCUAUAUUGCUGUUAAUACGAACCGAAAGCCCAAUAUUUCUAUGAAGACAGUAAGAACAUAUAUAUAUAUAUAUAAAACUUAUUUUGAGAUCUAUUUUUAUGUUGGUUUUAGCAGCACUAGUUGGAGGUGUAUACUGUGCAGAAAUGCAGAAUGUUUGCAGACUAUGUUACACGUUGACUGUUAAGUGUUUUUUCCUCAAUGUUGUGCACUGACUUCAAGAUUUCAAAUUUCUAUUUAUUUAAAGAGCCAAUGAUUGCAUUGCUGAAUAUGUAUUGGUAAGGAUGUAUAAUUUGCCUUGAAUGUAAUGUAUUAUUAAAUAAGAGGUUGUUCUGUA